CGCUACUCCGCCGGCGCAUCAAACCGCGAGCACCAUGCCCGUGGAGUGUGGGCGGUGACGGCUCUGAUACCCUGGAAAGGGACUCUUCCUCCGCAAACGAGCUAGAGAGAGCGAGCGAGCGAGAGAGAGAGGGAGGAAGCGCGAUGGCGGAGGAGAGCUCGGACUCGUCGCAACGGGGGUUUCUGGGGAAGCACUACGAGGAGCUGAAGGAGCACUGGAGGAAGAACUUCGCCUUCUUGGACUACUACAAGAAGACGCUGGGCCGCGCGGAGACGCUACCCAAGUGGACCGACGCCGAUGUGGAGGAGUUCAUUGCCUCUGAUCCCGUCUACGGCCCCCAGUUGAAAGCUCUAAGGGAAUCAAGGAAGUAUGCAAUUGUUGGGGCACUCCUUGGUGCAGCACAUUUAGGAGGAGUUUCCUGGAAAUAUUCAAAGAGCCCACAUGGUUUUGUUUUGGCUACCGGGUUUGGAGCCCUAUGUGGUGGUGUCUUUGGAUCCGAAGUCGCAGAACACUGGAAGCAGCUCUACAAGAUCGAUAAGCAGGGUGCGAAUCUCAGGUUUCUCUACUGGUGGGAGGACAAAACAGUAGGGAACCGAAGAAAUUGAUACUUGCUCACGGUGCUUGGUUCGUGCUUUCGGAUCCGAUGAAAGUGAAGCGUUGAUUGCACUUGUAAUGAAGAAAGAGAGAGAGAGAGAGAGAGAGAGAGAGAGAGAGAGAGAGAGAACCUGCCUUUCGGUUUUGUCUCCCGAAGAAAAUAACAUGCUGUGAUGACAAAAUCCUAAGAAACCAUAUAUUUUGACGUCUUGAAGUUCUGUUCUUCAUUAUGCCGAGUAAAGGUAGGCUUGUCGCCGAAAAAGCUAUCAUAAUUUUUACCCAUUUGGUUAAAGUUUUAUGCUGCAAGACGUGCUAUUA